AUCAAGAAUACAUGUAACUCAUUCUGUUACUCAUUCUAUUUGAGCUGAGAUUAUGCACAACAUAUAAGAGUAGUUACCAGCUAACGACAUAGUAAAAAGAUGGACGAGUCCAUUAAUAGUCAGGAAUUGAAGGACUCGAAGAAGGAGGUUUUGGAAAUUCCUGAUCUUGAAACCAAAAUUGAUCAUAUAGCUAGUAUUCCGAAGUUUAACUCAAGCUUUUCCAUUGUCCCACCAAGUGAGAUGUUGCAUUCGAACCCUUCCUCAAAGAAUUCAUUACAUUCCAACUCUGCCAGCCAUUCGGAUUAUUCCAACCCCCACUCGCAGCCUCAAUCGGCAAACUACUCUGUCAAUUCAACUUCAAACCCAAAUUCGGCACCCAACUCUAACUCUAACUCAAACUCAAACUCAAACACGCAUACAAGUGCAAACCUGGAGAGACACACUACAGGAGCAAUGAAAAAAAAGCAUUCUUUUGGAAGUUUCAACAACAGCGCCAACGUCACAAGUUUCAGAGCAGAAGCACAACCUGGUAUUCGAAAUUCUAUGAUGUCAGAUUACUCAGGGGUGGUUCAGCAUGUUGACAUUGAUACAAUAAAAUUUGUGGGCAACAAAGAAAGCUUACAAUUGUCUCAGAUCCAUGGCAUAUCCUCAUCCGAAAACUCCUUGGUAUCAGACAACUACAUCAAUGAUAAAAAUCUCUCUCCAAUUGACCCGGCUCUACCUCUCGAAACAAAGAACAGUACAAGUGACAGUCUUGAGAUACCCGCCAGAUCUCUCAGAAGACCAACUUUGUCAAAUUUGGAUGGGGAUAGUAUGAUAAAGGUCAUUAAAACUAAAAAUGAUAUUAGUCCAAACAAACGUACCCUCUCCUCACCUCCUCCUAAAUCUCCCUUGCCUAAACUAAACGCUAAUAUACCUACUUCAACAUCAUCAUCUCCCUUAAGGGGAAAGCAUAGUAGAAAUACAUCUGGGACCAGUGACGCCAGUCUAAAGCUACAUGGGAGACUAGAUGAUAUAAUGAAAGAAGUUGAAAAUCUCAAAUUAGAAUUCAAGGACGAAGAAAUAACUCCAGUGGAAAAAAGAAAGGUUGCCAACACUGCGACAACAUACUCAAUGAGCUCAACAAUAAACUCGGCUUACACGAGCAAUUCCUUUCAUACUGCUAACUCGGGUUCAAUUCAUUCCCAGUCAAGCGAGAAGAAAAAUCUAUUUGAGGAUUUCAUGGAAGAGCCAACAGAGAACCUAAAUAUAGGAACCACCACAAUGGAUAUGGAUCCAUCAAUCCCAACCAUAAAAGGUGAAAGUGCACCUUCUCCUUCGAAAAGCUCAGAGAAAGAUAACCCCGUGCAGCAGAGUGAAGAGUUUAAAGAAAAAUUGGAAAACCCCAAAACGCAACAAAAAAGGUUAUCUUCUCAUAGCCACCAUAGUCGCCACCAGAAAAGCACAAACGCCAAUAGAUCGAAACGAAAAUCAACGUCAGGAAAGAACAAAAUAAGGCCGUUUUCUUACGAGACCUUAGCUAAAUUACUCAAUGCCACAGAUGGAAUAAUAAUAGGGCAAGAGUUUGCAACGUUAAAUAUUCCAGCAGAGGAGAAAUUUUUGAUUGAAAGAAUAGUCGACUCUAUCAGUAGGUUAACCGCAAAUAUGAUGCUCAAUCCCGCCAGAUACGAACAAAGUUGUGCAAGGUUAGAGCAUGUACUUAAUGUCCUGGAAGGCUUCGAUUAGCUGUCCUGCAUGUCCCUUGCAUAUCUCAUUUAAUAGUUUUUUUUUUUCAUUUUCAUAUAUAGUGUUUAUAUUUUUUGUAGUUCAUCAAUCAUGAG